CAGGAGGCAGGGAGGUGGAGGCGGGUAGUUCUCGAGCUCGUGAAGCCCGAUGUCAUCGCCGACCUCGCUCUUAUUCUUCUCGGAUUGUCACUGUGAGCAGCACCUUGCUGCUAUUCGGCCAUGUCACCGACGGAAAUAGAGUUCCUUAUAGCCAACAUCAUGGCAGCCUCGCAAAUCCAGAGUUCCUGUUGUUCUUACCUUCAAGCUCUCAAAACUCUAUCUCACUGCAAACCUGAAGAUCAGUCUCGAUUCACCUUCACAAAGUAAGAUAAGGCAUGAAGGAGUGACGCGAAUAUCCCGCUGUACCGUUGCUAGGGAUGGAAUUCCCACUGAAACACCUGCUUCAGUCCUUGGAGAACCAAUGGACCUUAUGACAGCACUCCAACUUGUUUUGAGGAAAAGUUUGGCACAUGAUGGGCUUAUUCGUGGACUCCAUGAAGUAGCGAAGGCUAUUGAAAAGCAUGCUGCACAACUUUGCGUGCUUGCCGAGGAUUGUGACCAGCCUGACUAUGUUAAGCUAGUUAAGGCUCUUUGUGCAGAUCACAAUGUCCAUUUGGUGACCAUUCCACAUGCCAAAUCCCUUGGAGAGUGGGCCGGGCUCUGCAAGAUUGACUCAGAGGGAAAGGCCAGGAAAGUUAUAGGGUGCUCCUGUGUUGUUGUUAAGGACUAUGGAGAGGAAUCCGAGGGACUUCAUAUAGUUCAGGAGUAUGUGAAAUCUCACUGAUUACUUUGAACUACAAGUUGGCAUAAAUGAGUUGAAAUUUUGCAUUUAAACUUACGAACAUUUAGUUGACUUGUGCAACAUCUGUUUCUGGUUUGAAGAUUGUUUAUCUUGGCUGUUGUCUUAAAAUAUGAAUCUUUUAGUGGGACUGUAUCGGAAAACUUGAAAGCUUUAUAUAUUCCAGUUGGGUUCAUCUGUAGUUUGAUUUACCAGUUUAUGUUGAAAUUUUAUUACAUUGAAUGUUCAACUUUCUGCAAACUUGAAAGGCUGAAUUAUUCUUGUUAUGAUUA